AUGAAUCCGUUGUGCCAGAUGUUCUGCGCUCAGUUCUCGGGACGGGGUUUGGCAAAGGCCGUACCUCUUAAGAAGCUUCAAGAAAAAGGGUUUUUGGAGAAGAACAAAUUGAUAGUUAAAGUGGAAGUCAAAGUAGUUGAACUUGUUGAUAAAGGAAAAGAAACUGGAAACAAGAAGUUAGAUUAUAAUGGUUUCCACGUUCGGUUUUCUCAGGUUUACUCGGUGAGUCGGCUCUUCGUAGAACACCCGGACAUUGCAGAAAACUUGAGAUUCAAGAACAACCUGCUGAAGACAACUUGCAUGAAUAUGCUCCUCGGUCUCAUCCAGACACUGGAAAAGACUCCACAUAGCAUCUCUGAGACUGAGCUAAGCAACGCUCAUAGCGAAUUGAUCGAGCUAACGGAGGCGGGUUUCAAGCUGGACUGGUUGAAGACAAAGCUUGAUGAGGUUACCUUGGAGAGGAAGAAAUCAAAUUCUGAUGAUGAUGAUACUCAAGUCCAAGAACUCGAGGAAGAAAACAAGAAUCUCAAAGUUGAACUGAACAAGGGGAAAAGAAAGUCUAGUGAUAAAGUCUUAUCACUGGAGCAGAAAGAAUCGGAUCUUCAAAAUGAGCUUAACAAGAAGAAAGCCAAAUCUGCUUCUCCCAAAGCUUUUUCACUCAAGAAUGUUUUUUACUUUUGGAAGACCAAGAGUUAA